CACUACCGGUAGAAUUCGGGACGCCAGGAUGUGCGCUGCUCGAUGAAUGAAACUGAACGGCAAACUUGAUUCAUUCAUUCAACUUCCCGAAGUAAUUUGGCAGUGUUUGUCCAGCAUUACACGCUAGCUUGCCCUACCAGGUACGUGUGCAUGUAUGUUACUGUAGCUGGAAGCAUUUUAGCUUGAAAGGGUGUGCACUCGUAUGCGCGCGUGCAUUCUUCCAGCUGCAGUGUGUGUAUGUGUGUGAAGAGCCCGUUAGUGACAUGUCAGUAUCAGUGAUCAUAAAGUGGGGAGGUCAGGAGUACUCCAUCAGUUCUUUGUCUGAGGAGGACACAGUAAUGGACCUGAAGCAGUCCAUCAAGAGCCUGACUGGGGUUCUGCCGGAGAGACAGAAACUACUAGGACUUAAGGUCAAAGGUAAACCUGCAGAAGAUGAGGUGAAGCUGGGCUCUCUGAAGCUGAAGCCUAACACUAAGAUUAUGAUGAUGGGUACCAGAGAGGAGAGCCUGGAAGAGGUUUUAGCCCCUCCCCCGGAGAACGAUGACGUGGUCAAUGACUUUGACAUCGAGGAGGAAGUAAUUGAAGUGGAGAACAGAGAGGAGAACCUGGCUAAGAUCGCCCGCAGAGUGAAAGACUACAAGGUGGAGGAAAUGAACCCUCCCAGAGAAGGCAAGGGGCUUCUGGUCCUGGAUGUGGACUACACACUGUUCGAUCAUAAGUCGUGUGCAGAAACGGGUCAGGAGCUGAUGAGACCGUACCUUCACGAGUUUCUGACGUCAGCCUACGAGGACUAUGACAUUGUCAUCUGGUCUGCUACAAGUAUGAAGUGGAUUGAUGCCAAAAUGAAAGUAAGUAUACCACUUUCCCCGAACCCCCCUAACUACAAAGCAUUCCAUUCAUGUUGGAACAGUGCAGCGAUGAUCACCGUACAUACCCCUAAAAGAGGGGUUGUUGAGGUGAAGCCCCUGGGCGUGAUAUGGGGGAAGUAUGGAGAGUUUUACAACAGGAAGAACACCAUCAUGUUUGACGACAUCGGACGAAACUUCCUCAUGAACCCACAGAACGGACUAAAGAUCCGACCCUUCAUGAAGGCCCACCUUAACAGAGAGAAGGACAGGGAGCUCUAUAAACUGGCUCAAUACCUCAAAGAAAUCGCCAAGCUCGAGGACUUCAGCGGACUCAACCACAAACACUGGGAGAGGUACCUAUCUAAGAGACAGCACCACUGAAAUGGGACGGCAUCCUGGGCAAAGACUUGAGAUGGACGCUACCAUCGCAUCAUCCAGUUCUCUCACACACACACACGCACACGCACACACACACACACACACACACACACACACACACACACACACACACACAAACUUUACUUCAAUCCAACACUAACCCUGCAGCCACCAAUGCUCAACAGCUCAGGUCUGAGAUGGGCUUCCCAAUUUGGAUAUUUGCAUGUUCUGGCCAAAAUCUUGGAAUUGUUUUUUGCAUUUGUUACAAUAAUAACUGCAGUUACCACACAUCCGUUUAGUGAUCAUAAAAUACACCUGUGUGGGCUAAACAAACUACCCUUAUGUUUGAGGCAACAUGCAACUGUGACCAAUAAAAUGCUACCUGCCUACUUCAGUCAGGAGUCUAAAAUACAUCUUAUUUGAAUCUGCUUGGCCUUCAGGAUGGAUGGAUUGGGUUUACAGCAAUUCUCUUUAGAGGUAAUGUGAAGUUGCUUGGCUUUCACUCAAAAGCUAACUUUGCUCUGACUAUUAAUCAUUUCUACUACACCAAGCAAGAAAACACAGAUGCAAAUAUAAUUUCACCAGGGUUAAAGUCAAUAAGUUGUUUCCCACACCCCUGUACAACAUUGACUAAGAUUAGCCAUCAGAAAACACAAUAAUGCUAAAUUCUUAAUGUAAUGAAUGAAAAAUAAUAAAUGUUAGUUCAACGAGAAAGAUUUAACAAAUGGGACAUUUACUGUAUUUUCUAUCUGGCAUGGUAAAUCUGACGGUAUUGAGAGUAAGGGUCAAACUUAUGCUACAACACAAUUUGAUUUAUGAAAUAAUAUGCAAUAAUCCUCAAUGUUACUGGGGCAUUAACAGCCUUGAGAUUGAGACAGGUUGUAUCGAAAAUACUAUCAGAGAAAUUGGCUGUCAUGCAUGUUGUGAGGGAAAUCUUGUAUGCAGGGGUCAGUGGACCCAGGCCUGUGGGCUGGGUGGACGGGGGUGUGUGCUUUGCCCAUUGUUACAUGCCAGCUCUGUUACAAAGGAUGUGCAAAGGAAUGGCUCUAUUUUUAUUUCAUGCACAAUUCUUUAAUACAUAUUUGUGAGGUUACUUCAUAUGUUGAUUAACAAAAUGAGGACAAGGUGCUCGGAAUGCAAGAAACUGAUACUGGUAGCUGCUUCAUUAUUGAAAUUAAUUGUGUCUGCACUUAUUGUCAAAGUGGAUCUUAAGUUAUGGAUGAAGAAGAGAAAGGGAAAGUGUGCCCAUCUUUAUGAUCAAGUAGCACCUGAAGCUCUUGGAAACAUCAGGGAUGUGAUUUAUUUUCAGAUUUUGUCAAGUUUACAGCUCUCUUGGACAUUUAACUCCUUUUUUCAUUUCAUGACAUGAUUUCUUGAGAUCUGUCUUUAUGUUUUCCUCAUCACAUCCCUGACAUCGUGGCUGUAAAUAUGACAAUAAACCUUUUUUUGUACUUAAA